AAGACAUAUAAACAUGGUGGCGAGGCUUUUCGGUUACCGCCCUUGCAGCGUUGCUCGGGUCCUAACUCAAUCGCGUCGACAGCUCGUGCGACUUCAUUGCUCAACCCAAAGCAGCAGUGCUAAUCAUGUUGUGGCCAAAGAUGAUGUUAGUCGCUUGCUUCCUGGUAUUACCUGGGGAUUGUCCUAUCACGGACCAUCAACUGCAACAAAUGGCCAACACAGCAAUCCGCUAGAGCCGUACCGCUCUCUGGACGCGAUCAUCGUGCUCGCUGGAGGACAAACUGGCCCUGAUUCGAUUCCGAAAUGGGUGGAGCGCCGACUUGACACGGCCCUAUCGCUGCAAAGCCUGCAACAGAAGGCCUGCCCCAUCCUGAGCCUAGGCGGCGGCACCCCUCAUAAGGCCCCCUACCUGGACUCGGGCGGAUUCGUAAUCCACGAGGCAACCGCGUGUAGUCGCUACCUGACACGGAGAGGGGCGGAUGCGGACCUGCUGCUCAAGGAGGUCUCCAGCUACGAUACAGUGGGCAACGCCUACUUCUCCCUCACCAUACACGCCGUACCGGCGGGCUGGCGGCGGGUGGGUGUGGUGACCAGUGAUUUCCACAUGCCCCGUACGGCGGCGCUGUUUAACACAAUGUACGGCAUGGCGGCCAGGGAGCUGUUCGGGGACCCGAAAAGGUUUGAGUUGUUAUUCGUGGCGGCUUCGGACGAGGGCAUCUUUGAGCCGGACGUCCUGGCG